AGGAGGAGGACCGUCACAUUUGCUAUUUGACCGCAUAAAGUUAUGUGGUGUGAUUACAACCGAUAGUAACUGCUUACUCUAUCUCCUGCAGGUAUUUAUCAAGAGCGAAGGAGGUAAAUAUUUUGUUACCUCAGACAGCUGACACUUCCUGUGUGUUUUACGUUACGCAAUGAACGUGACAGUGACAAAGUGACUUCUUGUACAUAAAACAAGCUAGUUCGGCUAGUUCGCUCGCUCGCUCGGCUAAGGCGAACUAUCUGUGUUCGUUCGUGAAGCAACGACCUCGACAGAAUUGGACUGUGUAACCCAGCGUGUGUGCUUGAUAGUUUAUUGGGGGCAUUUACCACCUGAACUUGAAAUGGCUUUGGUAACAGCUUUAAGAAGACUGGCUCAUUUAAGGCUACGAGAAAAUACCCGGAUGACGGCGGCUGUCACUUCCAGCACCUGGCUGAGCGGUCACAGGAGCUUCACCACCGGAACACAGUCUCUAAGGUCGGACAACAAGGUGACGAUCAACUUCAUCAACAGAGACGGGGAGAAGAUCUCAGUGAAGGGCUCGCCGGGAGACUCCCUGCUAGAUGUUGUCAUUAAUGAAGACCUCGACUUUGAUGGCUUUGGAGCGUGUGAGGGCACCCUGGCUUGCUCCACAUGCCAUCUGAUCUUUGACGAGGACGUCUACAAACAGCUGGGGCCGGUCACAGACGAGGAGAUGGACAUGCUAGACUUAGCCUACGGCUUGACUGACACGUCUCGUUUGGGUUGCCAGAUCUGUCUGACCAAGUCCUUGGAGGGCGUCGUGGCGAGGGUUCCCGAGAGCGUAGCGGACAUCAGACAGAGCCAGGACGGCUCCUCCUAACAGGGAGCGUGUUGUUGCAGGCAGUGUGGCGGCGGUGCCAGGUCAGAACUGAGGGGUACGUUAUGUAUGAAAUCUGUCGGCACUGCUACAAGACGAUUGUUCCAUCCUUUUUUUAAAAAAACAA